UCAGAUAAACUGUUGGUAUUUAGCUUUAGCUGCUGUUAGCUUCAAAUAUAAACAGUCGCCGUUUGUGUCGCACUUUAAACAGAAACUAACUAUCUUCACUGCUAAACCAUCUUGCUAACAUAUCUAAGCGUGGUUCAGCUAACCUAUAAUACAUGAAUGUGUUCGUUAUUAUGAUAUUAUUGUUACAUAACAUGGCGGUAAGCUGUUGAUGUAGAAACACAGUCUGUUGUUUUUAACUUAUCACGCCUGUUUCAGUACUUUCAUUAGUCGUGUUUUUACAAUGGGAGUCAGAAGGAUUUACAUUAGCUUAGCUUAUGCUACAUUCGGGACCUUGGUUGGACUCUCGGCUUUCCUGGUCUGGAACAUCGCCUACAAACAGCCGUGGACCGCAGCCAUGGGAGGCCUGUCAGGUGUCAUGGCGUUCUGGUGUCUCGUCACACACGUCAUGUACCUGCAGGAUUUCUGGCGCACGUGGCUCAAAGGUCUGAAGUUCUUCAUCGCUGUCGGCGUGAUUUUCUCGAUGUUGGCGGUCGCCGGCUUCAUCACCUUCCUCACGCUCGCCAUCACUCAGAAACAAACCCCCACGGACCCCCGCAGCCUCUACCUGUCCAGCGUCUGGAGCUUCCUCACCUUCAAGUGGUCCUUCCUCCUCGCCCUGUACUCCUACAGAUACCGGCAGGAGUUCGCUGACAUCAGCAUCCUCAGCGACUUCUAGUGCAGAGGACUUCUUUUUACAGACUGCCAUGGACUCGGAGAGGGUUUAAAAAAAAAAGGUCAAAGAGCUUUUGGAUCAAAGCAGAGGAUUGAAGUCACACACACUUGCUUAACAAGCUGUGUGUGUGUGUGUUUGUGUUGUUUCCUGUUCUCCCACUUCAAUAGAGUGCCACAGUGACGCGUCCUAAAACACGGAAGUAAACUCCUUCCGGUUCCUUC